AGAUUCUCAUCAAUUCUUUGAUUCUUUUUUCCCUCCUUCCUCCACCUUUAAGUAAGUAGUGCCAAAUGCUCAAUCGUCCAUGUGUAUGAUCAAAUUGGAUCGAUGCGUUCGAUGAGGAAGAGUUCAAAGAUUGGCGGAUGCAAAUCUGCUUCCCAUCAACUCUUCAAAGACAAGGCGAAGAACCGCGUGGAUGAUCUUCAAGGAAUUUUCACGGAUCUGCAAUCUGCAAGGAAAGACAGCCGCACGAUGGAUUCGUAUGUGCUUGAAGAACAAGUUCAUCAGAUGCUCCGUGAAUGGAAAUCUGAACUCAAUCAGCCUUCACCAGCAACUUCAUUGCAGCAGCAGCAGGAUGGAAGUCUGGGUUCCUUCUCAACAGAGAUUUAUCGUCUGUUGCAGCUAUGUGAGGAAGAAGAAGAUGAUGCUAAUAGUUCCCUAGCUGGUCCAAAGGCAGAACCUGAAUUUGAAAAGAGCUUUAGGGAGGAUUAUUUUUCGAUUAAUGAAUGCAAAGAUAAUCAUCAAUCAAGAGUUGAGGCUAUGAGAUUUGGAAUGGCUGAUCAUUUGGAUUAUCAAAUAUGUGAUUUGCAGCUGCUUCAAGCUGAAAAUAACAUGUUUGCUUAUAAUAAUAAUAAUAAUAAUGGUUUGUGUUCUAAUGGGGAAGAUGAUGGGAUGAAUUAUCAGAUUUCUUGUUUUGUCCCUAGUAUAUGUCCUCCACCUUCUGCAUUUUUGGGACCAAAAUGUGGACUUUGGGAUUGUCCUAGACCUGUUCAAGAAUCUCGCGAUUAUUGUAGUACCUUUCAUGCCGGAUUGGCACUCAACGAGGGUCAACCUGGCAUGACUCCUGCCCUUCGGCCAGGAGGAAUUGGGCUCAAAGAUGGUUUGCUUUUCGCUGCACUUCUUGCGAAAUCGCUAGGAAAGGAUGUUGGUAUUCCCGAUUGUGAAGGUGCUGCUACCGCAAGAUCUCCAUGGAAUGUUCCUGAGCUCUUUGAUCUGAUGGUUCUUGAGGGCGAGACAAUAAGAGAGUGGCUAUUUUUCGAUAAACCUCGAAGGGCAUUCGAAAGUGGAAACAGAAAGCAAAGGUCAUUACCAGAUUACAACGGACGUGGUUGGCACGAAUCAAGAAAGCAAAUGAUAAACGAAUACGGAGGUCUAAAGAGAUCUUACUAUAUGGAUCCACAACCGAGGAAAGAUUUCGAAUGGCAUCUAUUUGAAUACGAGAUCUUUAAAUGCGAUACUUACGCAUUAUACAGAUUGGAAUUCAAGCUUGUAGAUGGGAAAAAGAUAGCAAAAGGUAAGAUUACCACUGAUUCCGGAACAAUAACCGAUCUCCAAAAGAAGAUGGGAAUGCUAACCGCUGUUUUCCCAACUGGAACCAAACGUGCCCUACGGGGAAAACCGAAGUCUAUCUCGAAAGACAGUUAUUCAGUUGCAGAUCAAAUGGAAGGGUAUGAUUAUGCAAGUGCCGGCCAGUUUAGUUAUCUUGCAGAUAACUUGAACGGCUACUAUUUGACUUAAGAAGGGAAUUUUUGAGAUUUCGAAAUCUGUAAAUACUUUAAAAUAAAAGUGUCAACAAGCUCUAUUUAUUAAUGUUA